AACAUUGAAACCACCCGAUUAAAACAUAUCCAUUUACGAAACCUCGUCCGAGACGUAGGUAGGAAAGAGCUGCUCGCAGCCAGCCCUUUUUAUCUUUUUUUUUUUAAUAACAUACUAGACUACCUAGAUUUUUGCAUAAGCUACCUAGAUACAAACAAUUGUUUUGAUAAGCAAUUGUUGUUUUCUUUUUCUUUGCUUUGUUCUAUCCCCCACCGGCCCCAUUCGCUACUGCUGCUGUCCAACUUCUUUCCCUUCGCAGGCUCGAAGUCAGCUCAGCGCUGCUUUCACUCGUUCGAGGUUCCCCAUCUCUGUCUCUCUCUCUUUCUCUCUACCAGUUCUUCCAAUGCUAGGGUACUAGGGUACUGCAUGUCCUAACUUGCAGUAUCACCUGCAUUAAACAUGCUCCUAAGGGGAGACACGUCGUCUUCCACCUCAUCUACCACUACUACUACAUAGUUCUCUUGUUGUUGUUGUUGAUCAUUAUGUUUUGAAUCGAAGUCCCUGGUCUGUUGGUUUUGGUGUCUUGGGUGAACAAAUUUUGCAUCUUCACUAUUUCUUGGUCCGCAUUUCUUGGCCCGCUCUUCAUCACCAUGCCCUUAGCCGUCUUGAACAAUGAUUCUCUUCGACCGUGUUCACAUACUACUAGUUCCCUACGCGUUGCCGGCCAUACCAAUUGGACAGCAGCUCUGAAGCUGAAUCGUACCGCCCCCGAUUUAGGUCUAAACUUUGAAGAUCCCGAUGUAUUUCGUAACGACUGCGAAGAGGCCUGGAAGACGUUGGAUAAUAUAGCUGCCCUUGGUUUAACCUUAGAGAAUAACGAAGAAGAAACGACACGUUCGACUGAACUUCCUAAACUUACUUUCGAAAAUGACGGGUCCGGUGCUGGAUCUUCCGAAACUCCCUCACCGCCGGUAGGCCCAUUCCACAAGUGGAUGAAGAACUUACACAAGCGAGCACAUCGUCCCAUAUCCCGCCGCAGUCGUAGUCGGCCCGAGUCUUUUCCUGAGUUUUCAGAACAUUCGCUCGAAUAUGAAGACUUAUCUACCGAUGGCCACAGGAAAUCCUUUUCCGAUUCCUCUUUUAGAUUUGUUACGGCUGUCAGAAGCGCCAGCGUCAGUCUUGCGAGUGCUAGUGUGAUUACCCGCCCAAGGAGAUAUGCUACACGAUCAUCAUGCCAUAGCAGGGCAGAUCUUAGCAGCAGAGGAUCGACAUCGGGGCCGCGGUACUCCGAGGACAGUACAUGUCUUGAGCGGACAGCAUCAAACGACUCGGGUGUAACCGAACGACUGCUUCAAAGGCGACGUAUCCUAGAGGAAAUAAUAAACACGGAGGAAAGCUAUAUUGGAGACGUCAAGUUCCUCAUGAACGUCUAUGUCACCAUCUUAGCUUCUAUACCGUCGCCGCAUAUGGGGCUUCGCUCUUCGAUCAACCGUAAUCUAACGGAUAUUGUUGAGUUACAUGAAGAGAUUCUCGGCGAACUUCAUAAGGUAGUACCUAACUCCGAGUACACACAACCCGAGUGUAUUCCGGUUGCCAUAAAACCGCCAUCUUCUUCUAAAAGCCAUAACCGCUGGCGUAGUCUCGACUCUACUCCGGAGGAAGAUGAGGGCGCUUUUAGUUGGCUCCAGAGCAUGCCUAGUGUGGUAGCUGAGCCGACUAUUGCAGCCGAGGUAGCUCAUGUAUUUGGCAAAAGGAUGAAUCGAUUCUUCAUCUAUGAAGAAUAUGGUGCAAAAUAUGAGAUGAUGAUUAAGGACGUGGCAUCCGCUCAUAGGACAUUACCUGAAUGGGAGAUGUACCAAAAAGGGCUGGAAGCCUUAGCAGCUUCUUUAGGCGCCACCAACUAUCAUCUCGAUCACUCCAGGAAAUCCUUGACUAUCGGCGAUCUCUUGGUUAAGCCAAUCCAAAGGAUAUGUAGAUAUCCUCUCCUAUUUGCCGAACUUCUCAAGUAUACACCCGUAUGUGACUGUCCGACCUCACAUAUGGAAAUCGAGAAUGUUCUCAUACGGCUGCGCGAGGCAACAGCCGAGAUCAAUCGAGCCGCCGACGAUCCACGAAUGAAAACCACUAUAGAGCAGACCUGGCUACUUCAGGAUCGACUUGUGUUCCCAAAUCAGAAGCUCGACGCGGCUUCGAAAACUGCCAUUCGUUCCUUUGGACACAUCCGUCUAUGCGGCGCCUUACAUGUGUGCUGGCAGACCAAAGACGGCGUGGACGGUGCAUAUAUGGUCACGCUCCUCUACAAGGACUGCUUAUGCCUUGCUACAGCCAGCCGGACGGAUCAAAUAUAUACCAUUCAGGCUUGCAUCAGUCUAAAUGAUAUAAAGGUUGAAGAAGUGGACAAUGGCCGAGGCAUUCAAUGUCACACCGCCCCCUUCUCCUGGAAGCUCGUUUUCGAAUGUGACCAUCAACUCUAUGAAGUUAUCAUGACAGCUUGUUCUCCAAAGGAAGAACAGGAGUGGCGUAGUCGCCUUACCCGACCCAACUCAAUUGAAUCGUAUGAAUUAUCGGAACCUACAUUCUACAGCUCAAUCUCGCUCGACAUAAAAAGCCUUGGAACGAUAUUUGGAAAACCAGGCACCGUUGCUCGUCGUCUUUCCAUUCAUAGGGCCACUACUGUUGGACCAAAAUCGCCAUUGUGUCAGGUCAUACUUAAGAAUACGAGCACGAUGAAAGAUAAUUCAUCGUCAACACCCCCGCAAAUUAAUCGCUCUCAAUCUCUGCUGACGACCAACUCUCGCAUCCCGGUGCUUACCCCUUCUCGAGGGGAGCGGGCUCGUCUUGAGGCUUUGUUAGCCGAUGUCUGGAGUCGUAAGGUGCUACCUUUCCCCGGCAUAACAUAUCGAUCGAAAAGCGAGCACCUUGUCCGCAGCUCAGCUUCGACUGUCAUGCGAAAGCUGAGCGUUGCAAGCAUCACCAGCUCUUUUGCGAAGCGUUCCAUAAGUGCUACUAGUAUACCGAAGUCGAGCGAAGAAGAGCUCCCACACUACAAUGGCUCCGUUGAUAACCUUGCCCGUCUAAACAGCGACAAGCCAAAGUGUAGGCUACUGAGGGCCAGCACAACCGAUGGAGAUAUUAAACCAAGGCUUCCGAUGAUUCGGGAUGAGGCUGAGCAUGCCAAUAGUCCCGACCCAGAUAAUUCAACGACGGUAAAGGUGGAUGCUUUGAAGCUCGACUUGGAUUGGUUGGAAGAUGAAAUAAGCGCUCACACAUUUCGGUCAUCGCCAUCAUCUAAGCACGCUCGACGAGAUAGUAGACAGACGACCUUAUCAGCAGGGUCUUCACCGUCGUCCAUUGGGGACGAAGAUACCAUUUACCACGGACUUGGAGCGAAACAUCGUCUACACGAAACAUUAACUAAUGUUAGGCCUACACACCAUAAGUGGGCAGGAGUCGGCGCCAUCAACAAAGGUUUGGUGGCGUCUAGCAUCCGUAGCUUUUUUAGAUGAGGGAAGGCAACUUCAAUAAUUCGGUAGCGCAGGGUUGGGUAUGGUAUAGAUACAUGGUCUGGACGGCUUUUGGCUUGGGAUUAUACCAUUCUUUUGCUUUUUUUUUCUCUCUCUCUCUUUCUCUUUACGAUGACAUUCAAUCGGUACUGGAUUCCGUACAACGCUUUGCUUUUUUCGCCAAUUGCCUCGUCAGGCUUACGGACCUAGAGAGACUAUGAUUAUACCCCGGAGCAAAUUUAGUUAGGUAGAGCAAUGGAAGUUCUGGUGUUACUUGCGAGCGGAAGUUUAUUUUAUUUUUCUUUUUUUCUUUUUCUUUUCUCUCCUUUCGAAGCGAUCAACUGCCAAACCAGCGGUUAUGCCGUUAAUUCCGGAAACUUAGUAAUAAUAAUAUGCUGUUUAUCUCAUGGAAUGCAUUUUUACUUGGCUGCUCACUACUGGUUUGCUGUUAUGUAGUGCCGAUAUGCAAGUCGGUAUACUAUUUGGGUGACAUCCGGUAGCUCUCCAGUAUGAUGUAGUGGGAGGUACCAAAAAAACUAAGGCUCGGCUCUUAACUAUUAUAAGAUAUGCCUCUAAUAUAGCGUGUUCUUUCUAUUCUGUUCCAGAGCUUUCGUAUUAGCCUUAGGUUGCAUGUAUAAAUUAAUAUGUAAAUGUACAAAAAGGAUCAUUUGCACUUUGGUAAAUACAUUAACUAGAG